UUGCAACGUACUUUCACCGAAUCGACAAUCAUCUCAUCUCCGCCUUGCCUCCCUCCCUCCAUCCUCCUCUUCCUCUCCGUUGUUCGCUUCUCUUGGUGAUCUCCGCCGCCGCGCAUUCUCCUCCCCUUUUUCGGUUUUCUUCAGAGCUCGCGGCGUUCGCAGGACGGCCGGUCGAUCUGAUACCAGGGGAAACAUCGUCUGGUUCGAUAUGAUUGUCAGCGUGCGAGAGUCCACGAUGGUGCGCCCCGCCGGGGCGACGCGGAUCCACGCCCUGUGGAAUUCCAAUGUGGACCUGGUGGUGCCCAGCAUGCACACCCCUAGUGUCUACUUCUAUCGGCCGAACGGCUCCCCUGACUUCUUCAAUCCCAAGGUCCUCAAGGAGGGGCUCAGCAAGGCCCUUGUGCCUUUCUAUCCCAUGGCUGGGCGGUUGAGGCGCGACGAGGAUGGCCGCAUUGAGAUUGACUGCAAUGCUGAAGGUGUGCUUUUCGUGGAGGCGGAAACGAGCUCCGCUGUCGAUGAUUUUGGCGAUUUUGCCCCGACAUUGGAGCUUCGGAAGCUCAUUCCAGCUGUAGACUAUUCGGCAGGGCUGUCCACUUAUCCUCUUUUAGUGUUGCAGGUGACGUACUUCAAGUGCGGCGGAGUUUCGCUUGGCGUUGGCAUGCAACACCAUGUUGCAGAUGGAUUUUCUGGCCUUCACUUUGUUAACACAUGGUCAGACAUGGCUCGUGGUCUUGACCUCACGACUCCACCCUUCAUUGACCGCACCUUAUUGCGUGCUCGUGAUCCACCACAGCCUCAAUUUAAGCACAUUGAAUAUCAGCCUCCACCUGCUCUUAAAGCACCGCUGUCACAAACUACUAAAUCCGGUGCUGAGAGCACAGCAGUCUCCAUCUUCAAAAUGACUAGGGAGCAGCUUAACAAGCUCAAAGGAAAGUCAAAGGAAGAUGGAAACACUGUCAACUACAGCUCUUAUGAGAUGUUGGCAGGCCAUGUUUGGAGAAGUGCAUGCAAGGCACGUGACCUCGCCGUUGAUCAAGAGAGCAAAAUGUAUAUUGCUACUGAUGGACGGUCCAGAUUGAGUCCGCCCCUUCCGCCCGGUUACUUUGGCAAUGUCAUCUUCACUGCAACGCCACUUGCCGUUGCAGGUGACCUCCAAUCCAAGCCAACGUGGUAUGCGGCAAGCCGGAUCCAUGAUGCCUUGGUUCGCAUGGACAACGACUAUCUCAGAUCUGCCUUGGAUUACCUAGAGCUCCAACCCGAUCUAUCAGCCCUUGUUCGAGGGGCCCAUACAUUUAGGUGUCCAAAUCUUGGCAUAACUAGUUGGGUUAGGCUCCCGAUCCAUGACGCUGAUUUCGGCUGGGGCAGGCCUAUAUUUAUGGGGCCUGGUGGAAUUGCGUAUGAAGGAUUAUCGUUCAUAUUGCCAAGUCCCACCAAUGAUGGCAGCAUGUCCGUGGCCAUCUCCCUGCAAACCGAGCAUAUGAAGGUGUUCGAGAAGCUGUUGUAUGAAAUCUGACGAGGGUCGAAGGGAGCCUUUCAGGUGGGAUAAAUCGUAGCUGGUCGGAUCAAGUGCAUCAAAAAGAAAUUUUCCCAUGGCCAUCAUAUUCGUUUCCUAGUGCAAUCUUGAUUUUAAUUUUAUGUGAGUACAAAUGUUCCUGUAUGACAGACUUUCUGCGACACAAAUUGCACAUUUAAGGACACCCGAAUCAAUUGUAUUAUCAUUUUACCUGUGCCGGUUCGGUUGGUUCA